GGCUUGACGCCGGCGGUUGCCAGCUGCGGGGAAUUUGUCGGGUCACUCGCGUGUUGUCGUCUUUUAUCUUGGGUUUCUCGUGUUCUUAUCCCUAAUAGCACACCUUCGUCGUCGUUUCUGUUAUCAACGGUCGUUGCGCCCUUAUAAACGUUGGACUGGACUGGUCGGUUGCCACACCCGGACUUUGGAGUCGUUUUCGCCAUUUUAUCGCAGCGCAAUUCGUCGCGCAGUAAGAGUCGGGUUUGGCACUACAAUAUUGGUCGUUAGGAAAGCGAAACAAUCAUGGCGAAGAGUGUUUCCAUCAGCGAAGGAGGAGGAGACGAUGGCGUUCGAAGAAGAGCGUCGGUCAACGACCCUGGCGCCGACGCUGCUCUCGCGAAGAUGGGUUACCAAUCUGAGCUUCCUCGAAAUCUAUCCAUGUUGAGCGUUCUCGGCAUGUCGUUCGCCAUCAUGGCUGUUCCUUUCGGUCUUUCCACAACACUCUACAUCACGCUUACCGAUGGUCAAUCCGUUACCGUGCUGUAUGGCUGGAUCCUCGUUUCUCUCAUCUCCCUGGCUAUCGCUGCUUCGCUCGCGGAGAUCUGUGCAGUAUAUCCUACAGCUGGCGGCGUGUACUACUGGUCGGCCAUGCUUUCGACGCGCGAAUGGGCGCCCAUCGCCUCGUGGGUCACCGGUUGGUUGACUCUGGUUGGAAACUGGACUGUUACACUUUCGAUCAAUUUCUCAGGUGGCCAACUCAUCUUGUCCGCCAUUACGCUUUGGGACGAGGAUUUUGUGCCGAACGAAUGGCAGACUGUGCUUGCGUUUUGGGCUGUUAUGCUUAUUUGCAUGAGUAUUAACAUUUUUGGGGCCAAGUAUCUGGAUCUGAUCAACAAGAUUUGUAUCUACUGGACGGCAACCAGCGUUGUGGUUAUUAUGGUUGUGCUGUUGAGUAUGGCGGAUAACAAGAGGGAUGCCGAGUUCGUGUUUGCGCAUUACGAUGCCAGCCAGAGUGGAUGGCCAUCCGGAUGGGCUUUCUUCGUCGGUCUCCUACAGGCUGCUUACACGUUGACUGGUUACGGCAUGGUCGCCGCCAUGUGUGAAGAGGUUUCCAACCCAUCCCGCGAAGUUCCCAAGGCCAUCGUUCUCUCUGUCGCUGCGGCCGGUGUCACGGGUAUCAUCUACCUGAUCCCUAUCCUCUUCGUUCUCCCCGACGUACAACUGCUUCUCGAUGUCGCCAAUGGACAACCUAUUGGCCUGCUCUUCAAGACUGUCACUGGCAGUGCAUUGACCGCAGCCUCGCGCUGCACCUACGCCUUCGCUCGCGAUGGCGCAAUCCCCGGUUCGCGACUGUGGGCCAAGGUAGACAAGCGCUUCGAUAUCCCUCUCAUGGCACUCGUCCUCUCUACAGUCGUCGACUGUCUCCUCGGCCUCAUCUACUUUGGCUCCUCAGCCGCCUUCAACUCCUUCACUGGUGUCGCGACAAUUUGUCUUUCCACAUCCUACGGCAUGCCCAUUCUUAUCUCCGUGCUACGCGGUCGUAAGGCUGUACGCCAUUCGUCCUACUCGCUCGGCCGUUUCGGUUACGCCAUCAACAUUGCCAUGAUCGCUUGGAUCUGCCUCGCAGUUGUAUUGUUCUGUAUGCCGGUCAGUCUGCCAGUUGAGGCGGCUACUAUGAACUACGCGAGUGUAGUGUUUGCAGGUUUCGCGGCAAUUAGCGUGGGGUGGUAUUUCAUCCGCGGCAGGAAGGAGUUUUCCGGACCGCCCGUGCCGACAGACGCGGAGCCUGGUGAGGAAACUGUUGUUGCAGGGUUGGCGGUGCAAGACAGCAGGCAGGAUAUUGAGGGCAGGGGUGAUAAAGAUAAGGUUGUGGAUGGCAGUCCAGAUAGUAGUAAGGUCUAUUAGGGCGUGGAUGCGAGGGAGUGUGAUAUUUCCUGGACAUACGACAUGUUGUAAGAUGGGUCGUU